AUGAAUAGUCUGUCAGAUACUGCAAAGUUAAGUGUAUCACUUCAAGAGGGUUCAUCUCAAUGCCUUGAUAGAUCAGAUGAACAUCUUUCUUCAUCCAGUAUGACGAGUGGAAUUUCAUUCCAAAAAUCGGUUCAUUCCCUUGCAGUCGAUCAAAGUGAGACUAGAAUAUUAGCUAAUUCAAGUAAUAACAUUCCAACUGUUACACAAACGCCUUUAGAUGACCACCCACUAACGACUAGUUUACUUGAAGUGAAUCAGACCACAAAAAAUGACAAUAAAUCGUAUAAAUAUAUUAAAAGCACUUCGAAACUUAAUUCCUUCAAGGCAAGUCUUUAUACCUUCGGGGACAAUAGUCAGCAUGUAACUCUGCAUAAUGAAAGUAAAAGCAAUGCAGCGGACGACAAUAUCGCAGUAGAUUCUUCUAAACACCUGUCAAUCUUGGAUACUAUAAAUAUGAAAGCUGUUUACCAACGAAAUGAUCCAGAAAUUUCUGGUUCCACAUUAACGCAUCAGAAUCAUCAUCAAUCAAACAAGGCGGAAUAUACCACUGAUCAUCAUAUCCGACCUACAAUUUCAAGUCAAACUAAUCCUUCCACAUCUGGUGUACGUCGUUUCAUUCAUACAUUUCUCUCUUCAGCUAUGGAUUUAAAAGUGUUCGGUGAACCAGUUCCAGCAAAUGAACAUCCUCAAUUAAUUGUUUGUGAUGAAAGUUGUAUAACAAUUUUAAAACAAUUUUAUAUAUCACAAAGUCUUUCAAACGAAUCAACAUCUAAAGGUAGUGAUUGUAGUCGGCCACCUGCAUCUGUUUGUCAAUUAUUACUAGCUAAUCCUGAUAUAUAUGUUAAUGAUCGAGAGUUCACUUCAAUCAUUGCUUUUGCCUUAACCACAUCAGAAUAUGAACGGAAGUUGCUUACUUCAGAUGUUCAACUUGGUCAGUCAGCACUCGCUAAUUUUAAAGAGAUUGAGGAUGAGUCAGCUGCUAUUCGUACAGAUAUAUCAGAUUUGGGGAAUAUUGAUGAGCAUGAAAAAGCUAAUGUUAUUCUGGACAAUGAAGUGCCUGUAGUUAAUCCAGGUGACUAUGAAUCUUCUGUGAAAUCAGAUAUUCAUCAAGAGGUUAACAACAGUAAAGCGCCAACAUCAUCACACUUAACUACACCUCGAGAUCAAAAGUUGUCAGGACUGACAUCAUCACAUUCACCUAAUUUACCAACUGGUGCUCAUCAUUCUGCAUCAUCUACAUCCUUGGGAAAUGAUAAAUCAAAUGUAUCUCGAAGUCGUCAUAUUAAAAUCCAGUUUUCUGAUAGCUCGACUAAUUUCUUUUGCUGUAUUUAUUAUGCCUCCGAAUUUUUCCGUUUACGCCAACUUGUAAUGCCCAAUGGAGAUAUGACUUUCAUACAAUCCUUAUCAAGAUGCUAUCAUUGGGAUGCACGUGGUGGUAAAUCUGGUUCUUUGUUUAUGAAAACUCGGGAUGAACGAUUUGUAAUCAAAGAACUCUCAUCAAUUGAGAUGAAGACAUUUCAUGAGAUUUCACAGGAAUAUUUUGAUUAUCUAAUUACGGCAGCACUUGAUCAGCGUCUAUGCGUAUUAUCACGAAUACUGGGAAUAUUUCAUGUUGGAUUCAAAAAUUCUGCUUCAGGUGAAGCACAUCGAUUUGAUGUUCUUGUAAUGGAAAAUCUGUUUCAUGGUCGUACGCAUUUAGCCUACAUCUACGACUUAAAAGGUUCUCUUCGUAAACGAUUAGCAGAUGAAUCAUCAAAUAAUAUUACGCUUAGUACAAACACUGCUACUUGUAAUACAGAUCCAGCUCAGGAAAUGGAUGAAACCGUAUCAAAUUCUGCGAUCUCCUCUUCUGGACUUGCUUUUUCAACAAAAGAUAAUGGUCUACCAUCAGAAAUUGAUAAAAAACAUAUACCGGUUCUCUUGGAUCAGAAUCUAUUGAAUGCUUCUAUAGACAAUCCAUUGUACUUGAGGGUACAUUCAAAGAAUGCUUUAGCACAUUGUCUAAAUACAGAUACAACAUUUUUAGCCAAUUUAUUUAUUAUGGAUUAUUCAUUAUUGGUCGGUGUGGAUACAACAUCUAAUCAACUUGUAGUCGGUUUAAUUGACUAUUUGCGUAAAUUCACCCUUGACAAACGCCUUGAAAUGAUUAUUAAACAAACGAUAACAAGUGCACAAGGACCAAUGCCAACUAUACUUACACCUGAUUUGUAUCGUGAACGUUUCCUUUAUCAACUGCACAGUUAUUUUCCUCUACUACCUGAUCAAUGGUAUGAUAGUUUAGCUGAGCAUACAGAAGGUUGGCGUGUACGUACACGACGGAAAGCAGUAGGCAAGAAACAAUGA